AUGCUAUUAAGCUUAGAUCCAAACAGUGCCCGAAAAAAGUUGAAUGAGUUUGGGUGCAGUUUUAAUCAUUCCGAUUUUGAAUUAAACAAAAAUGAAAGAAUCAAUGAUGUUGAGCACAAUGAAAUUGUAUACUUCUUUAACUAUUUUUUUAUUUUAUAGCAUAAUCUAAUAAAUUUUAAUUCGCUACAGAAUGAUUCGUUUAAAAUCAUAAAUAAAAUUGCUUAGGGAGAGAAAAUUAGCGGAGCUAAUUUCGCUCGAACCGAAUGCCAUUUUGUUUAUGGGGUUGGGUUUUACUUCAAGAACUUCUGCACAGCAAUAGUGGUUAAACUCUGGGGAUAACCAGAGGAACUACUCCUCAGUGCACUCAAGAGGCUCAGGUCUUUGCCCCUCAGCACACCCAAGGAAGGAGACCCUUAGGCGGAGCACGCGCAGGAGCUGAGUCGAAUAAAGCCGUGGCGGCAACAAAGCCCCUCGAAGCCGAAACGUUGUCUUUGCCCGUGCCUUGGCGAAUCAAAGUGGAUCUUCCAGAUGUCCAUGGGCCCGACACGUGGACAAAUAUGGUGACAGUUCUGGACGAGGCUACCCCGUAGUUGACAUAAAACGUUUAUAAAUAAUUUAAGAUUAAGACUCGUUUAAAAUCAGAAAACUGGAGUUUUUAUAGCAAUGAUUAAAUACAUUAAUGAGACAUAUUUUUUAGGAAAGAUACAAAAAAUUCAGUUAGAGUAAAUUUAUCCAAUUUUUUAAAGUCUGAGCAGACGAUACGAAUUCUUCAAAACAAUAUUAUUCAUCCUAAUGCUAUUUCUAUGUGUCUUCUUCCUGAUAAAUCUAUAUUUUGCUAUGGCAAUUAUCCUGUAUCUGGAGCAGCAUUUAUAUUGUAUCCAGAUAGCACUAUUAAACGGCUUUCAGCUGGAAAUCCUUCAGGAAAUAUGGGUGUUGUAUAUCAUGAUGGCUUUAUUUACUUAUUUGGAGGAUGCAAUGCUCAAGGUAAGACAUGGAAUAAAGCAGCAAAAUAUGAAUUAUCAACUGAUAAGUGGUAUUAUCUGAAGAGCAAUUUACCAUAUACUUUUGGCAUAAAGUUUGCCAUAUUGAGUAAAAUAUUAUAGUUCUUAAUUAAUUAAGAUGCUGAAAUAAAGAAGAAAAACUUUUUAUAAAGAAUAUAAAAACUUGUCCUCUGGAGGAAGAUCUAAGCCGCGUUUCAUGUAUUGCAGGCAAUUAUGGAAAUUAUGGAAUCGCAUUUGUUGGGUAUGAAAGUAGUAAAUUAUAUUUAUAUAAUCAAAAGCAAGAUAUUUAUAAUGAAAUUUAUCUCAACUUUGCAGCUCAGACUAAUAAUAUCUUGCUCCAGGCAGAAAAUCGAGUAUUUUUAAUCGAAUCGUCAAAGAAUAUAUAUGAAAGCGAGCCAAAUCAACUAAGCUAUUGGAUAAUUAUAGAAGUAUCGCAGAUUAGCUAUUCUAACAGAGUAGCAUAUCAAGUUUAUUUCAAUCAAAGUUGCUAUUUCAUGGACAUUCAUUGUAAAAUAUAUAAAUUUGAUAUAAAGAGCUUACAAUUAACGAUGACUCAGGUAUAA